ACAAAAAACAAUUUUUUUUUAAUUACUUGCAGUUUCUUUAAAUAAAAACAUAAGCUGUUACGCAGAUACCGUAGACUAGUACCGUACUAGACAUGGAUCUAGAUCUGCUUGAAAAUUGCGAAUAUAAUUACCUUGAUGAUGCAAGCUUGUCAGAACUGUUUGGUGGUUGUGCUGAUGUCAAUAUAAACUUCAAUUAUGGUGAUGGAACAAAUGUUCAGGAUAUGUCCACAGGUAUAACUGAUGCAGAUGAUUUUGUUCAAAAUUGGAUCAAUGCGGAAAAUGUUCAGAGUGACCAUGAUUAUGCCGGGUGUCUGCCGGUACAACCGGUCAUUACAUCAACUGAAGAUUUCACAUGCAAUGUUGCUGAAAGUAUGAGUGACAGUGGUGUUUCAUCAUUGUCCCCAUGCGCAAAGUCUCCAAUUUCUUCUGAUUGUAUGAGGCGAUCGCCAUGUGAUUUCUCAAAUGGAACAAACUCUCCGCCAUCUACCAGUAGCGGUUCAUCUGAUGCAGGGUCAGAAAAUCACUUUUCCCUGAAUGACUUGCAAUUUGAUUUUUCCGAUAUUGAUAUGGAAAAGGUUGUUAACAGUUUUCCUGUGGCUGGUGAUGACAUCUUGGACUCUUGUUUUAAACAGAGUAGUAACAAUCUGCUGAACGAAAAUGUUUGUAUAGAAUUGGAUGAUACAUUAUCAUCACUGAAACAGGUCCAGACCCACAGAAAUACAAAUCAAAAAAAUUGCAAUAAAACCCCUGCUGGAAAGGAUUCAUUGCCACUUUCACCACAAAAUGUUUCCAAGGCAUUUGCCGAGACAAAAUAUAGAUGCACAUUGCCAAAUUUCAAGCCUCUGCGUUUGACAGGAGAAGAAUUGAAAUUAUUGGAGGAAGAAAAUGUCACAAUUCCUACAGACUUACCACUGACUAAAAGCGAAGAAAAAGUUUUGAAGCGAGUUCGUAGAAAGAUUCGAAAUAAGAAAUCUGCGAUGGAAAGUCGCAAGAGAAGGAAAGAAUAUCUUGGGGGUCUCGAAAAUCGUGUCAGUCAAUGUACAAUGCAAAACUCCGAACUUUUGAAAAAAGUAAAGGAUUUGGAAAAUGAGAAUCAGACACUUUUGUCCCAAUUGAAGAGAUUACAAGAUAUCGUCAGAUCCACAAGCAAUAAAACCACACAAGCAACCACUUGUGUUAUGGUUCUACUGCUUUCAUUUGGCCUUUUCCUUGCACCCAACUAUGGCCCUUUCAGCAUCAACCAAGAAGAUGGUCAAACCUCUGAACUUGAUGUCACAAGUUUAUCAGCGAAUUCGCACAAAUCCAGAAGAGUUUUGGAGAUUACUGAUGAUGUUUCACAACCCGAGGCUAAGAAACCCCGAGUGAACCUCAAGGAAAUGAGCGAAGACUUCUCUUACUUCGGAGGGGAGAGCAAUGCUAAAAUUCAGGCUGGUUGGAAGCCACAUCAUGAGACCGAUUAUACCAGACACACUAUUCCAUUAACGGACAUCAAGAAGGAAAACAACUCGUCAAAUAAUGCUAGUCAAAGUGAUGAAAACCUGAAGCUAGCUCACUCUAACAUGCUAUCACCUAGCAAUCAGGACAGUGUUGGGUUAGAGGUAAAGCCCCAUGAUGGGAGCGGACCUAAAUCAUUGAAAUCUGAGGUUGAGAGUAAUUUUGCUGAUGUUCAGCUGCCUUUCCCACAAUCUGAUUUGGUCAAUCCGACUGUGAUGGAUAUCCAUACUCCAAAGGUUGUGAGGAUCUCUAGAAUGGAUGAGAUAUGAUUCCCACCGGAGUAAGGUUGUCUAAGAUUUAGGGGAAGAUUGUCAUCUAUCGUUAUCUUUGACAAAUUUGCAAUGGCCUCCAAGUUCUAUUGCUGCGCCAAUUGCUUGUUGAAGUAAGGACCCAGAAGGGAAGAGAAAGUCCCUCCAUAUUUAUUUACAACUGAUUUUUAUACUGUUGACAUUUUUGUGCUAAAUGAAGCAAUAAAUCGCUGAUAUAUGUAAAAAGAUUGCUGAAAGACUCCAUAUAUUAGCGGCUGUCAGGUCUCAGGAUAUGAUUGAACUUUCAAAAAAGAAAACCCCAAAUCAGAGGAAAUCUGACAAUUUGUUAUCAGCAAACACUGAGAGCCUUGUUCAAAUUGCUUGCUUCCCACAAUAGGUUUGGUUUUUACACAUCGUUCAAACAUCAAGAAGACUCUUGCUGAUUCAAUAGCUUAGGUAAAAAUGGGGAUGUUUCUAUUACAUUAAAAUAUAAAUAAAUUGAAUAGAAAAAUAAAUUGUAUAUAUAUAUCA